AUGCCAAAACCGGAUCUCGGUGACGUUUGUGGACGUUUUUUAUCUUCACGUCUAUUAAAACAUACAGAAUCAUCUUUCUGUAAGAAAUCAUUAAAUAAUGAAAAUAUUGCAAAUAAUCAUAAGCGUCAUACAAUAUUAACUCAAAAACUAUUAUUUAAACCAUAUAAAAAAAAUCCGUUAGAUCAAUUACGUAAACGUUAUUCAAAUCUUGUCGUACUAAUCACUAAUGAUAUCGUAUUAACAUCAUUUGAAAACAAAGAAUCAGUAAAUAAAUGUUUGCCAUCAAAUAAUACUAUUGCUUCGACUACUACUACUAACAGUAAUAGUAAAAAUACAAAUAAAAAUGAUAAAAAUUCAUCGUUAAUGAUGAAUUGGGAAUUAUUAAAAGAUCGUGGUUCUGGCUUAGUUAAUCUAGGUAACACUUGCUUUAUAAAUGCAUCAUUACAAUGUUUAGCCAACACUCCGCCACUUGUUCAAUGGCUUUUGUCAAAUUCUCAUCAUCAACAUUGUCGUAUAAAACUAGAAAAACAAUUUUGUUUAUUUUGUGAAGCUGAACGUAUUGUUAAAUUGAUACAUUCAAAAACUUCCUAUUCAUCAUCAACAGGUCCUGCAAAUCCAAAUAAUCUUGUACGACGUAUAAAAGAUAUAUCAAAAACCUUUCGAUUCGGUCGCCAAGAAGAUGCUAGUGAAUUUUUAAUUUGUUUAAUUGAUAAAAUUAUUGAAGCAUGUCUACGUUCAUCUCAGCCACCUGAACGCUUACGUCCAUCAUCAGGUACAUCAUAUGAACAAUUGUGUCAUUCACAAACAUUUCUUCACGAUCUAUUUGGUAUUGUCUUACGUUCACGUGUGAUAUGUUCACGUUGUCGUCAUACAUCGGAUACAUUUGAAGUUCAAUAUACAUGGAUUGUUGGUGUACGCAAUCAUUCGGAUUUAAGACAAUCAUUACAGCAAUUUGUUUGUCGCGAAACAUUAUCAGGUGAAAAUCUAUAUCGUUGUACGAAAUGUAAACAGUUAGUACCAGCUGUGAAACGUUACACAUUACAUAAAGCAUCAAAAAUUUUAUUAAUUAAUUUAAAACGCUUUGAAUUUGGAAAAAAUUCACAUAAAUUAUCACAUCUUGUUCGUUAUCCAGAAUAUUUAAAUGUUAAAUCAUACAUGAGUGAAGAAAAUGCAAAUGAUCCAUCAUUAAAUUAUCGUUUAUACGCGGUUUUAGUUCAUGUUGGAUUAUCAAUGCAUUCAGGACAUUAUUAUUCAUAUGUACGCUCACCAAAUAACCGAUGGUAUAAAGCAGAUGAUACAACAAUGACACAAUGUGAUUUAAAUCAAGUUUUAACGCAAUAUGGAGCUUACAUUUUAUGUUAUAUUAAAGAAACGGAACCAUCAUUAACGACUAGUUUAACAAAUGGAAUAACAACAGCAACAACAAUAACAAGUAAAAAUGUCUACCCAAAUGGAAAAUUGAAUAACAAUGAGAAACAAUUCAAUACGAUCACAGCGCAUUCAAAGCUUUUUACUCCACGUCAAAUACAUGUUCAAAAUCUUCCUCGACAAAUAGAUGGACUAAAUGGACAUACAAAAUCUAAGACUGAUUCAUCCAACGGUGCAUCGACUACUAAUGGUAAUGGCAAUUUGUUCGCUGAAAAACAAGAACCAAUCAUACAACAAAUUCCUAAACUUAUUUGUCAAUCAAAUCAGAUAAAUCCAGGGAAUAAUCAUCCAUUAUUAUUGAAUCCUUCGGAACUUAUGAAUAAAUCAUCGACUUCAACACCGAAUUCUCCAGCAUCAAUAAGUAGUAUUAAUAGUUCUCUAUUAUCAUUAUCGAGUGCACAUUCAAGUACGUCAUCAAUCAAAUCAAAUACGAAAAUGUCUCCAAAACUAAAUGAACUCACAUCUAAUUCGAAUUCAUAUAAUCAAAAUAAUGAUUCCUCUGAACUUGAACAACCAAUGAAAAAGAAACAACGUAGUGAAGAAUUAUCUCAAUCUUUUCUUUCUUUAUCUCAACCAACUUCUACUGAUGAACAAUCACCUGUUUUAUCAUCGUCAUUAAGUACUGGUCAUAAAGAAAAGAAAAAGAAAAACAAAUUGGAUAAAAAUCUUUGUCAUAUGAAAUGUCUAAGCGAUUAUUCACCUUCAUCGAUAUCAAAAUCACGAUCGUUUUUAUCUGAUGAACAAUAUCAAAAGCAUUGA